AUGAGCGUUGUAAGUUUAUCUUCCUCCAAACGUAAAUUAAGUACGGCCAAGCACAUAGAAUAUCGCAGUGGUGCAAUUUAUAGCGGCGAUGUUGAAGGACCUCAUCGAAGCGGUAAAGGUUUAUUUCGGUGGCCGAAUGGCGAUGCUUAUGAAGGUGAUUAUGUCGAUAAUAAACGCCAUGGAUAUGGAAUUGAAACUUGGAGUGAUGGCACAAAAUAUGAAGGUGAACUAGAAAAUGAUAUGAGACACGGCCAUGGCCAUCAUUCUUGGCCUAAUGGGGAGAGUUACGUAGGCCAAUUCAUAAAUGAUAAACGAUGCGGUAAAGGCAAAUAUGUUUGGAGUUCAGGUGCAUACUUUGAAGGUGAUUUUGUUGAUGACAGGAAAGAAGGCUAUGGCGUGUUUAUUUUCCCGAAUGGUGAUCAAUUCAAAGGUAUCUAUAUCGCUGAUCAGAGGAAUGGUCCUGGAAUCUUUACAUAUAAAGAUUCAGGGAAAGAAGACAUUGGAAUUUGGAAAGAGGAGCAUUUAGCCCAAUUUUGCUUUGAAAUUGAGGACGCUUUUACAAUUAAUCAUGGACGAAAUGAUUAUGUAUCAGCGAGUAAUGUUCGAUCUAGCUGGCAAUCACAACUGACAACGGUGGUUAAAGAAGAAAUAAUGACCGAAUCUACGAAUAGUCAGAAUGAUAAGACACUCCAUGAUGGUACUGUGUAUACCAGUAUUGAUGAUAAUCUUAGUAAAGAUCUGCAAAUACUGCAUCUUAGUGGACAAAAACAACUGACGCCUUGGCAGCAAUUUAUUCAUCAGCGCCCUGUAUUACAAGCUAUAGUGGAAGGGAAACGCCAAUCGACAAGUAUCCGUGGGCCAUUGGAACUAAUGUCAGAAGAGUUAAUACGUCAAGCCGCAGUGGGAAAUUUACCAUUGGUAUAUAAAUUAGUUACGUCUGAUCGAUGUAAUAUCGAUGUUAGCGACGUAAAUGGAUAUACAGCUUUAAUGGCAGCAACGCUUGGAUGCCAUAGCGAUGUCAUGAAUUGUUUAUUGGAUAAUGGUGCCAAUAUUAACAAAAUUAACCACGAAGGUGUUUCGCCAUUAGCUGCUUGUACAGUAUUAUACUAUCCUAUUCGCACGUUUAAGAAGAAUAUAGCAGAAUUAACCGCUGCUACGAAUAAGAAAUCCAAAAGAUAUAGACAAGAUACUCAGUUACUACGUAAUGAUUCAAGACCCUUUAUCCAGCCCAUUAAUAACGAGGUGCAACCGGCUAGUGGCGUAAUUAUGGAUAAUAAAUCACAAAAUAAACUGACUAUAAGUUAUAAUAGUAAAAUGAGCGAACAGGAAGGUAUUUCUAUGUUUCAAAACCUAGAUCAUCGUUUAUCGAGUGAUAUAAGAAAGCUACCUAUUGAUGUAAAUCAUUCUAUUCAAAACGGCGAAAUCAUCCCUGAAACAACAGUGAGUGAAAACAUGGUUAGUUAUUAUAGUUUGGUUAAGAAUCCAACACCGCAGCCACAUCAUGAAGAAGUUAACACUGGUCGAAAAGGAGCAGGAAAACGGCAGAAAAAUCAAAACAAAGAACCAAAAUUAACAUUGGAUAAAAUUGAGUAUGUAGAGAUUUAUAAGUAG